AAUAUUUAUUGAUGGUCUAAAAGAUAAAAUCGCUGCCUUUAUAUCUAUCGCCAAAUCAAAAACCCUUAAUGACACUAUUGAGAAUGCUAGAAAAAUAGAAGCCAGAGAAUACUAUAAAAAAAGAAAAAGAGAAGACCCUACUAACCAACUUAUCAAACCAGAGUUGAAAUCAAUCCCCUGUUCUAAACAAAAUAGACUAUCUCAGCCUGGCAGACCCCAAACAGUGGUAUUGAGUACUAUAAUUGUAGAGAAAGAAACAAAAGAGAACCAGCCUGAAAUGCCCUUUGAAUUCAGUAAUGAAAAAAAUGGUUUCUUCGAUAAUUAUAAGAAAGAAGAGAUGAAGGAA